AUGUCGGCAAUGGUGAGCGGGAUGCCGGCAGCGCCCGAGUUGGCCUUGCACAGCGUACGGAUCUCCUCUAGAUGGGAGAUGGCUACAUCCACCGUAAUGUCUUUACGGUACACGGCCUCACUGCUCACGUGGAUUCCCACGAUGUGCUCGCUUUGCACGAUACCGGUAUCCAGCAGCGUCUUGAACGCGGCCUUCUCGGUUUCAAAGCUGGACGCGGACGAGUCCACCCACAUGCCCAGCUCGAUCUUGAGGCCUGCCUCGAUGGCAGCGGGCACCACCGCGUUGGCCUGGUCGCACAAGGCCAGCUCCGAGGCAAUCUGCGAGGCUGGCUUGCACUUCUCGUUGGCCGGAGCCCAGUCCGGACCGGCGCGGAUGUUGUAG